CAGCUGGGAUACUGGGGGCAAAGCAAAGCAGUUGACAUGUCAACAAAACAGAUAAAUUAUCACCACUCAGGCAUGUAAAGGUGUGCCAGUGUGGAAUAGCCUGACAGGUAGCUCCGCCUACACGCACACCUGUGUCUCCACCUGCUGUCUCCAUGACGACCCCUCCCCUAGCAACCCCGUUUGGUGGGCAGCAGCAGCAGCAGCAGCAGCAACAACAGCAGCAGCAGCAGCAGCAGCAGCAGGCCCAGGCGGCACGGGAUGUCAACACGGCGUCUCUGUGUCGGAUCGGUCAGGAGACGGUCCAAGACAUCGUCCUCAGGACCAUGGAGAUCUUCCAGCUGCUGAGGAACAUGCAGCUUCCUAACGGAGUGACGUACCACCCCAACACCCACCAGGACAGGCUGGGAAAACUCCAGGAGCACCUGCGCAUGCUCUCUGUGCUCUUCCGCAAGCUCCGCCUCGUUUAUGACAAAUGCAACGAAAACUGCGCUGGGCUGGACCCCAUCCCCCCAGAGCAACUGAUUCCCUUUGUGGAGGAUGACAGCUCCAAACAUGAAGAUCGCUCAGCCAACCAGAGCCGCCCUGCCACUGAGGAGAGGAGAGAAAUCCUGGAGGUCAAUAAGAAGCUGAAGCAGAAGAAUCAGCAGCUGAAGCAGAUCAUGGACCAGCUCCGCAACCUCAUCUGGGAGAUCAACUCCAUGCUGGCUGUCAGGAACUGAACCACACACACUAUUAUGCUCACAUAUACACAACACAAGCACGCGCACACACACACACAUUUCAUCACAAACAGCUGACAGGAAGACGUGGUCAUUAACUGGAUGUGUGACAGGGCUCGACAGACUGACUGAGGCCGCACUUUUACAGAAGAAAUUGGGGCUUUUGGCAAUAUAAAAAUCCUUCCUGAAACAGAAGUAGAAUGACAGAAGGAGACGGAGAGGCGAGAAAUGAAGACGAAAGGGUUUGAGGAAGCAGACAGGAGCGAGGACGUCCCAUGGAAGACUGGGAUUGGGGGCGUCUGAUGAUAAAACUGUGGGUGACAACAUAAAAAAAUUCUAUUUCAAUGUUACAGGUUUCAGAAAAGUGAGCAUUCUGACUUUGAAUUAAUCCUAAGAAUUGAUACAUAUGCCGUAUGCAUUUGUAGGUAUUAGGUCAACAUAGAGUUUAUGCCUGUAGAAACACAUUGAUAUAUUCUAUUUAAUCCUUAUAUCCUUAUAAGAUAUUUAUUACAUGCAUAUUUCAUAGUAUUAGAAUUGACUGCAGUCCGUAAUUUCAGAACAUACUGUUUUAUAUGUUCUUUAAACACUUUAGAAAGGAAGAUAUACUGUAUAUCUUCACGAUUCUCUUUUAUUACAUUGUAUUUCCUCCGCUUUUUAUUUUUGGGGUUUUGAUAUAAAACCGUCAGUGGUCUGCUCCCGCUGGGCUCGAUGUGUCAUCACGAUGCCUUGUUAACAAUGGGACUCCUGCUGAAAUGUAUUUCUUGCUGUGAAUUUUGGGAGUCAACUCUGUUUUGUGCUGUAUUUUUCCUACAUUUUAUCUGUUGUGUAUCUGUUUUAGGAGGACACCUAGUUCCAGUGUGUGUGUGUGUGUGUUUGUGUGUGUGUGUGUGUGUGUGUGUGUUUGUGUGUGUGUGUUUGUCGGGUGGCGCCUGUCUUUGGUCUCUGUGGGUAUUUUGGAUUUUCUCUCAGACUUUUAAAAGCCUCGUUUAUAGAUGAGAAAAGAGACGCAGAAGAAGAAUUCACAAAGGAUCCGAUCCUGCCGUUAACACACAGACAUGAGCUAAAAUCUGAGUUUGUGUGCACAUAAACACACACACACACACACACACACAAAUUCAGUAGAGCAGCACUGUCAGGUCGCGGACAUGCAUGAGAAUAUCAGUGUCUGAUAUGGAUGUGUUCAAUAAUUCAGAGCCUUGCCAGGGUCAUAUCCAAGAUGUGUUAUGAGGCUGUUGUCCUCAGGGAGACGCAGAAGGAUGCAGCAGUGGAGCAGCGAAGAAGCUUUCAGCAGAGCAAAAAAAAAAAAAAAAAACAACAAGAAAAAAAAACAGUGCUUUGAGUAGUGACUAAUAAAGCCCUCCUCAGUGGUGUAAUACAGAGGUGGUUAUUGUAUCUCCGAGGGCAACCACAUCAAGGGACUAUUAUUACUGUACAAAUGGAGCGUGUUAUUGCAUCCAGCUGAAGCAGAGGUCAGGGUGGCGGCUUUAUUUGUCCAUGUUCACUCUGUCUGAAAUACAAUAAAGCAAAUGAAAACA